UGCUGUGGCCCUCUGUGUUGGCUUCCUGAAUUCCGUGGAGAGUAUAAGCAUCGGGGUGCAUUACAUCCAUGAUCUAGUUCCCCAACAUUGCUGUGGACCUUAAACCUGUUCCCACUGGCUCUGACUGUCGAGCCUAGCAUUCCCUUGCGCCCUCACCCGGGGUUACUCGGACGAGAUUUGCGAUGAGUGCGAAUCAGAAGGCGGGCUCUUCAGCCCCUUCCGAGGCUAUCGGGAAACCCAUUAACGGACCUAGUGGGCGGCUAUCAACAUCCUCGGACACCGGCGAUCAUGGCGAGGAUAUGAGACGUCGAAUUGCACAGUGGGGUGAAUCUGGCGCCCGCAACGAUGUCGACGAUGACCAAGGUUCUGAAUACGAACUUCUUAUGGAUCCCCAUCUGGCGGAAGAGUAUGACACCCGGCAGGAUCGUCUCGACAGGGACGAUGGAGACGUUGACGAUGAAGCCGCCUUGAUCAAAGACGAAGAGGAACAAGAAGAUUCGCCUUAUCCGGAGGUUCGGGCUGCUGUGCGGAACCACGAUGAGGACUUGCCAUGCAACACAGUGAGAGCAUGGACAAUUGGGCUGCUAUUGGUCGUUCUCGGUGCCUCGAUGAACACCCUCUUCUCACUCCGCCAACCCUCAAUUGGCAUCGGACCUCUCAUCGCCCAAAUCAUCGCGUGGCCAAUGGGUCACGGCUGGGCAAAGUGGUUUCCCAAGAAGGAAUUCAAUACCUUUGGUAUGAGCUGGAGUCUCAACCCAGGGCCGUUCAACAUCAAGGAACACACCAUCAUUGUCGUCAUGGCCAGUGUCUCUUUCUCAGUCGCCUAUGCUACCGACAUUAUCCUUGCGCAACUGGUCUUUUACAAACAGAACUUCGGCAUUCCAUUCCAGCUUUUUCUCACUAUAUCUACGCAAUCGCUCGGAUACGGUAUUGCGGGAAUGCUGCGCAAAUUUCUCGUGUAUCCUGCGUCUAUGAUCUGGCCAGGGAACUUGGUAGGUGUGACGUUAAUGAAUGCCAUGUAUGAGAGGAAUGAUCGACCAGACCCGACUAUCCUGGGUGGCACGAUGCAUAGGUAUAGGUGGUUUGCCAUCGUUACUGGGUGUUCGUUUGUCUAUUACUUCAUCCCCGGAUUCCUAGCUCAAUUCCUGAGCAUAUUCUCCGUUGCUACUUGGCUGGCACCCCAAAACCCUGUAGUGAACCAGAUUUUCGGCGGCCAGACGGGUCUGUCACUUAUCCCCAUCACUUUCGAUUGGACGCAGAUUGCUGGCUACGUCGGAUCACCGCUGAUUCCGCCAUGGCACGCUAUCGCCAAUACCCUCAUCGGCGUUGGGACGUUUUUUAUCGUCUUGUCCUCUUUCUUCCACUACAGUGGUGUAUGGUAUUCAUGGUAUCUGCCCAUGAGUGACUCCAGUACAUAUGACAACACUGGUGCCAACUACAACACUACGCGUAUCCUAACCCCCGAGUUCACCCUGGAUGAGGAGGCAUACAAGAACUACUCACCUUUAUUCAUCAGCACUACAUUCGCAAUGUCGUAUGGGUUGUCAUUCGCAGCGAUCUCAUCCCUGGUUGUGUACACCUAUCUGCACAACGGUAAACAGAUCUGGCAGCAGUAUAGAAACAGCACAAGCGAGAAACCAGAUAUUCACAUGAAGUUGAUGAGAAAGUAUAAAGAGGCUCCGACUUGGUGGUAUAUGAGUCUCUUUGGUGUUAUGCUUGCAUUGGGAUUUUACACAGUGCUUGGUUAUGCAACCAAUCUUUCUUGGUGGGCGUUUCUGUUGGCAAUUGCCAUUUCCUUUGGAUUCGCGCUCCCGAUUGGAAUCAUACAAGCCAUCACUAAUACCCAAAUCGGGCUCAACGUUUUGACGGAGUUUAUUUAUGGGUAUAUCCAACCAGGGCGUCCUUUGGCGCUCAUGAUCUUCAAAACCUUUGGGUAUAUUACAAUGUCACAAGCUCUCAGUUUCGUCGCAGACCUAAAAUUCGGGCACUACAUGAAGAUCCCCCCUCGCACCAUGUUCUUGUCCCAAGUCGUUGCCACAACUUUCUCCUGCUUCAUCCAGAUUAUUGUGCUGAAUCUGGCACUGAACAAUAUUGAAGAUGUCUGUGAGCCCCACCAGGAGGAUCACUUCACAUGCCCUGGCGGCCGGGUAUUCUUUUCCGCUUCGAUUAUCUGGGGCCUUCUGGGACCGGCACGGAUGUUCUCCCCGGGCCAGAUCUACUCCGGGCUAUUCUUGUUCUUCAUCGUUGGUGCCAUAACCCCAGUCAUCUUCUACUUUGCGGCGAAGAAAUGGCCCCAGUCGCCAGCCAAGUAUCUCAUAGCUCCGCUCCUCUUUGGUGGCGCCGGGGCGAUCCCGCCGGCAACACCGCUCAACUAUCUGUCAUGGGGCAUGGUUGGAUUCGCCUUCCAGUUCUGGAUCAAGAAGCGCCACUUCAAAUGGUGGAGCCGGCUGAACUUUUUGACGUCGUCGGCGCUGGAUCUUGGGCUGGCGCUGGCAACCCUGUUCAUAUUUUUUGCCUUCACGCUGAAUGGUGUAGAGCCUCCCAACUGGUGGGGAAACAGCGUCGUCUCAACCACCAUGGAUGUCCAGGGGACGGCAGUGCAGAUGCAUGUCAAGGAGGGGGAACGCUUUGGGCCCGAGACGUGGUGACGAUAUAUAUGAUUACUCAGUGGCUUACAAGGACCCCGGAUCUAUAAAGCUGGGCAAUGACCAACACGGACUCAUGAUGCUUGUCAGGCUGUGGAAU